AUGCUGAGCAUCUGCAUCCGCCGAGUGGCAUCUGCUGGCCGCCCGCAAGGCGACCUCGUGCUGCUGCGCGAGAAGAAGGACACGCACGAUGGCCGCCUCGUGAAGCUGCAUGCCGACAAAGCAACCGGCACACACCGCGGCGUCAUCCAGCAUGCCGACGUGAUUGGCAGGCAGCCGCGCCAAAUCGUCCAGUCCAACAAGGGCGCCACGUACCGCAUCCAUGACCCUACGCUGGCCGAAUACGUCAGGCUGACCCCUCGUCUGGUCACUCCGCUCUACCCAUCCGAUACAAAUCUUAUAGUCUCCCUGCUCGAUAUCCACGUAGACAGACCCGCGGCUGGGCUCAGUACCGAGCCGCCGUUUGAGAUACUCGAAGCCGGUACAGGCCAUGGCGCCCUGACUCUGCACCUGUCGCGCGCCAUACACGCCGGGAAUCCGCCCGUCCCACGAGCACCUCUGCACGCUGCCACCGAACAUGAGCCAGAAGACGCAGUCUAUGGCGGCGAAUCCAUGGCCGAUCUUCAAGACUCGUAUCUCGAGUCGUGGAAGCAGAACCGCCGCGCCAUCAUACAUACGCUAGACAUAUCGAGCAAGCACUCCCAGCACGCAAGGAAGAUUGUCCAAGGCUUCCGACAUGGAUUGUAUGCUGGGAAUGUAGACUUCCACGUUGGAGAUGUGUCGGACUGGAUUGCCAAGCAGAAAGCUUCAAGGAAAACCGAACAGCCCUUCUUGAACCAUGUAUUCCUCGAUCUGCCCAAUGCGACCGCCCAUCUUGCCAACGUCGCCCCGGCCCUACACGUCAACGGCCUGCUCGCCGUCUUCAACCCCAGCAUAACCCAGAUUGCUCAAUGCGUCGAAGCAAUCCGCGAGCACAAAAUGCCCUAUCUGCUCGAGCAGGUGGUUGAGCUUGGGGCUGGCACAAUCCGCGAAUGGGAUGUUCGCGCCGUCAAACCCAGGGCGACUCUGCAGAAACCCGCCGCCGCACAGCAAUCUUCUGCGUCGUCCGACCAUGAAAACUCAGACUCGGAAUCCGACCAAGCUGCCAGAGACAGCGAGCUCGAGGCAGUCCUAAACAAGGCGGAAGAAGAAAACUGGGCCAUGGUCUGUCGUCCCAAGGCCGGGCAGCAAGUCGUUGGAGGUGGCUUCUUGGGCCUAUGGCGCAGAAUGGAACAGACUAGCUACCAAGAGCCAACAGACUGA